AAAUAUAAAAGAUGUGAGAUUCUGUUCCAGUGUCGUCAAUUACCAAACAACAAUCAACAACAACAGAUCGGUAUACUAAUCAAUUAAGUGGAAAACUAAAAGUGAAAGAUCGUAGUAUUGCAAACCUAAUAGUAUUUUAACGACAAACUUUUAUACCUAAAAUAGAAACACAAAAACUUGUUUACUAGUUGAAAUGCCACAUCUCAUAGAUCAUUACAACCCGCUCCCUGCUGCGAUGGGGAGUCCCAAGCUGAAGACAGUGCCAAAGGCCAUCUACAACCACCUGCGAGGAUUUCCGGUCGUUAACGGUGAAAUUACUCAACUGUCGGCCAAAGUACGAGACUUUGUGGAACAAUCAGCAGCCCUUUGCCAACCCGACAAAAUUCACAUCGUUGAUGGCAGCGCAGAUGAAAGCAACACACUCCUGAAGAUGCUACACCGGCAAGGAACGAUUCAACCUCUACCAAAGUACGAAAACUGCUGGCUGGCACGAACCAACCCUGCAGACGUUGCUCGCGUGGAAUCCAAAACCUUCAUCUGCACUGAAAAACGAGAGGAAGCCAUUCCCACCCCCAAGGAAGGAGUCAAAGGAACCCUCGGAAACUGGAUUUCCACCGAAGACUACAACUCGGCCAUCCAGGCACGUUUCCCGGGUUGCAUGAAAGGGCGCACCAUGUACGUGGUGCCCUUCUCGAUGGGACCGAUCGCAUCUCCCUUGGCCAAGAUCGGCGUUGAAAUCACCGAUUCAGCUUACGUCGUCAACUCCAUGCGCAUUAUGACCAGGAUGGGCGAAGAAGUUCUGGAGAAACUGUCAGACAAUUCGGACUUUGUGAAAUGCCUCCACUCGGUGGGAACCCCUGCCAACGGUAAAAUCUCCAUGCCUUCAUGGCCCUGCGAUCCAGAACGAACGAUUAUCCUGCAUAAACCGGAAAACAACGAGAUCGUAUCCUACGGAUCAGGCUACGGUGGCAACUCCCUACUCGGCAAAAAGUGUCUAGCUCUCCGUAUUGGUAGCACCAUUGCCCGCCGCGAGGGAUGGCUCGCCGAACACAUGCUCAUUCUGGGCAUAACGAACCCCAACGGAGAUAAGAAAUACAUUGCCGCCGCCUUCCCGUCUGCUUGUGGCAAAACUAAUCUCGCCAUGAUGAACCCCACGCUGCCGGGUUACAAGGUCGAGUGUGUUGGCGAUGACAUCGCCUGGAUGAAGUUCGACUCCAAAGGUCAACUGCGAGCCAUCAAUCCAGAAAACGGCUUCUUCGGUGUGGCUCCCGGAACCUCGUCCGCCACCAACCCGAACGCGAUGAACACUAUCUACAAGAACACUCUCUUUACCAACGUCGCCUCCACCUCAGAUGGCGGUGUCUUCUGGGAAGGAAUGGAGGAAGAAAUUACUCCCGGAGUCCAGAUCACCGACUGGCUCGGUCAACCCUGGAAGAAAGGUGAAUCCAAAACUCCAGCCGCUCACCCGAACUCCCGAUUCUGCGCUCCAGCAAGUCAAUGCCCGAUCAUCGAUCCCGCCUGGGAAGACAACGAAGGCGUCCCAAUCUCUGCCAUCCUGUUCGGAGGUCGACGACCUGCCGGUGUCCCACUGGUCUACGAAGCCAACUCAUGGUCGCACGGAGUCUUCAUCGGUUCAGCGAUGCGCAGUGAAGCUACCGCUGCCGCCGAGCACAAGGGCAAAGUCAUCAUGAACGAUCCUUUCGCUAUGCGGCCUUUCUUCGGCUACAACUUCGGAGACUACCUCAAGCACUGGCUCAGCAUGGAGGAUCGCGCCGCCGCCGUUGGAGGAAACACACCCAAAAUCUUCCACGUCAACUGGUUCCGCAAGAAUGAUCAAGGCAAAUUCCUGUGGCCAGGAUUUGGCGAGAACAGCCGAGUGCUGGAUUGGGUCCUGCGACGAAUCGACGGCGAAGAAUGCUACCAACAGACCCCCAUCGGACGCAUCCCAACGCCUGGUGCCAUAAACAUGGAAGGCCUAGGCCAACGGGUCGACGAGAAGCAGCUCUUUUCGAUACCGAAGAAAUUCUGGCAAAACGAGGUGGAAGAAAUCAAACAGUACUACGAUAACCAACUGCCUCACGAUCUGCCGGAGGAGAUUGGAAAACAGUGGCAGGAACUGAAGAGCCGCGUGGAAGACAUGUAACGAUUGCGUAGAUGUUAUGACCAAAACUAGAAUAAGUCUGAUAAUUUAUGACGCGAGAUAGCCUAAUUGUUCUUUUAAGUAUUAACGUGUACACAAGUAGUGUAAAUAAACUAAGAUCUGCUGUAUAUUGAAAUUGUAAA